AUGGAAGAAGAAGGGCGGCCUGGAAGAAGAGGAACCUGGAAGAAGAAGGGACCUGGAAGGAAGAGGGACCUGGAAGAAGGAGGGACCUGGGAGAAAGAGGAAACCUGGAAGGAAGAAGGCUGUCCUCAAGAGGGACCAUGGGAGAAGAGGAACCUUGGAAGAAGAAGGGAACUGGAAGAAGAGGGGAACCUGGGAAAGAAGAGGAACCUGGAAGAAGGGAGACCUUGGAAGAAGAGGAAAAACCUGGCGAAGAAGAAGGACCUGGAAGGGAAGGAGGGACCUGGAAAGAAGAAGGGACCUGGAAGAAGAGGACCUGGAAGUGAAGGAAGGGAGGAACCUGGAAGAAGAAGGACUGGAAGAAGAGGACCUGGAAGAAGAAGGGACCUGGAAGAAGAGGGGGACCUGGAAGAAGGAAGGAACCUGGAAGAAGGACUUGGGAAGAAGAGGGACUGGAAGAAGAGGACCUGGAAGAAGAGGACCCUGGAAGAAGAAGGACCAUGGAAGAAUAGAGGGAACCUGGAAGAAGAGGGACCUGGUGAAGAAAGGAGGGGACCUGGGGAAGAAGGAAGAACCUGGAAGAAGAGGGACUGGGAAGAAAGGGAGGGACCUGGGCGAGAAGAGGGGACCCUGGGCAAGAAGAGGGAACCUGGGAAGAAGAAGGAACCCUGGAAAGAAGAAGGGACCUGGGAAAGAAGAAGGGAGGACCUGGAAAGGAGAAGGACUGGGAAGAAGGGAGGAACCUGGAAGAAGAAGGGACCUGGGAGAAAGAGGAACCUGGAAGAAGGAAGGACCUGGAAGAAGAAGGAACCUGGAAGAAGAAGGGAACCGGAAGAAGAGGAACCUGGAAGAAGAGGACCUGGAAGAAAGGAAGGAACCUGGAAGAAGAAGGACCUGGGAAGAAAGGGAACCUGGAAGAAGAAAGACCUGGAAGAAGGGAACCUGGAAGAAGAGGAACCUGGAAGAAGAAGGAACCUGGAAGAAGAGGGACCUGGGGAGAAGAGGAACCUGGGGAAGAAGUGGCAACCUGGGAGAAGAGGAACUGGAAGAAGAGGGACCUGGGAGAAGAGGAACACUGGGAAGAAGAAGGGACCUGGAAGGAAGAGGGACCUGGGGAGAAGAGGACCUGGAAGAAGAAGGACCUGGAAGAAGAGGACCUGGAGUAGAAGAGGAAACGGAAGAAGAAGGACCUGA